AUGCAGCAGUCUAAGCUGCCCUCGCUGUUCAAGUUUAUGCCCGAACCCGGAGCUGAGGUGGAAACAGCUCCUGACCAUGAGAAGCUCGGAGAGUCGUCGACCUCGGCCAUCUGCGCCGCGGAUGCAACAAAGACGCCGAGUAGGAAGGGCAAGGAGAAAGCCGUUGAGACAGAGCCCGAUUCAUCUUCGAUCAACGGUCUGAAGACUGGGUCGCGGCGGCCACCGAGGCUGCUCGACGUCGUGGAUUCUGUCGAAUCCACUCCUGGGUCAAAGCGCCAGAAUGGAUUGUCUCCCGAAGGAGCAGGAGUCGUACCCGAGAUCAACCUUCCUCUGCCGCCAUUGGAGGGCGACAACAUCCGCACGCACUUCCAUGCUUUGGGACAUUAUGCGGCGGAGCCCUACAUGUCUAUGGCGCGGGAGUUUGCGAGGGCAGAGCUCCCCCCGAUGCCGGAGCGCUGGGCACAUGUUCCUGGGUGGACGAGGUACGGUCGCGACGGAAGCGUGGAGCAUGUUGAAGACCUGAAGGGUGAGAGGCUAGUAUGCUUCGACGUGGAAACACUUUACAAGCUCUCGCAGUACCCCGUCAUGGCCACUGCUGCAUCGCCGGAUGCGUGGUAUUCGUGGCUCAGCCCCAGCAUCUUCGAAGAUCCGCCAAAUGAGCGACCAAAGCCAAACGAAUCAUGGGACCGAAGCGUUCCAAAGUGUCAUCCGAGGACACUGAUUCCGCUCUUUGGAGACAACAAGCAGCCCACCAUUGCUGUCGGUCACAACGUUGGAUACGAUCGUGGUCGAGUGGCCGAUGAGUAUUCGCUUGAUCUCACGCCGACCCGAUGGCUGGACACCCUCAGCCUGCACGUGGCCACCCGCGGUAUCACGUCCGUCCAGCGACCUGCUUGGAUGAAACAUCGGAAGAUCAAGGAGACGAAGGCUCAACAGCGCGAUGAGACCAUAGAGUACCUGCAAGAGGUGUCAGAGAACGACGACCUUCUUAAGGAGAGUCUGGCAGAGUUCUCGGCGAACAUGAACGACGAUCCCGCCAUAGACAUCCAAACGUGGGAGGAUACCACCGCCGUCAAUUCACUCGCUGAGGUGGCUCGUCUCCAUUGCGGGGUCAAAGUCGACAAGACAGUUCGCGAUCGCUUCGGAGACGAGGACAUUCUCCACGCUUCGCAGCUGCGCCCAGAGCUCGACGAUCUAUUGCGAUACUGUGCGAAGGACGUGCAGAUUACCCACGACGUGUACAAAGUGGUGCUACCGUUGUUCAUGAACAGCUGCCCGCACCCAGCGACGUUUGCGGGAGUCCUCGCUAUGGGCAGUGCCUUCCUCCCUGUCGAUCGCAACUGGGAGAAGUACCUCAAGAAUGCCGAAUCGAUGUACAUCAAGCUUCGCACGGAGGUUCGACAAGCUCUGAGGACGCUGGCGGAUCGGCUAAGGCGCGAGGGACCCAACGAUCAAGACCCGUGGUCGUCGCAGCUAGAUUGGACACCGAAGAAGGCACGCUGGUCUGACGGCACCUCUCACAUCGCGCCCGUUGUGGAGUCGACGCCCGAGCCAACCGAUGCCAAGCCGGCUUGGUACACAGUCGUCACCGAGACUCCUGAUGCUCUGCUUAGCAAUCAGUCGGAGCGCAACAUCCUUCCGCUCUUGCUAAAGUUGAAGUACAAAGGUUACCCAGUGUACUACCUCAACGAGCACUGGUGGUGUUUCCGAGCUCCGCUGGACGACGUCUCCGGUCUCGUUGAAGAGCACGGCAUGCCACUUGAGCUCGGUCCUCGAGACGCGCAUCUGGAGCCGAUGCUGGAGGACUCGGCGUUUUUCCGGGUCCCGUCGAACGGCAAGUUGACGUCACGGCGCAGUAAGCUUACCGGCAAGCCUGCUGCCAAGGACGUCAAGAGCGAGGUUCUCACCAGCCCGUACCCAGCGGCGCUGACCCUCCUGACUUCGCCUUCGCCACCAAAGUCCUUGCUUUCGGGACUUCAGCAACUGGCUGAGAUGACUCUCGAGAAGGGCGACGUCGAUCAAUGGACAGCGCAGCUCGACUGGUCAACGUCGGGUAGUCCCAAGCGCAAGGCAAGGUCCACUACGAAGAAGACGGAGGCUGAGAAGUAUCCCCACGGCACUUGGCCAAAGUGGUACUGGGAACUGACUGUCCCGGAGAGCAACAAGAAGUUUGUCCGCGGAGAGUUGGACCUCACCAUGCGCAAGAGUGUGGCUCCCCUUCUGCUUCGCAUGCAGUGGCACGGAUACCCACUUGUGUACAGCAAGGAGUUCAAGUGGCUGUACCGUGUGCCAAAGUCCGAUCUGUCGCAGGACAAGAACUCGACACUCUCCGAAAAGAAGGCUGUGAAGUUCUUCCCCAUUGAGGGAGACGAGCAACUGUUGGAGCUGGCUGAGAAGGACUACGCGUUCUUCCAGCUUCCUCACAAGGAUGGCGAAGGAAACAACGUCGGUAACCCGCUGUCGAAAUCCUUCCUGAAGGCUGUCGAGUCUGGCGAACUGUCCUCGGCUCUUGCGGAUGAUGAGGACAAGCAACUGGCUAGUGCAGCUAAAGCCGCGACGAAUAUGAACGCUCUCUGUUCGUACUGGAUCUCGUCCCGCGAACGCAUCAUGAACCAGUUCGUCGUUUAUGACAAGGAUGGUGAUCGUGGCAUGAUUCUCCCGCAGGUCAUCACCAUGGGUACCGUCACGCGUCGUGCGGUUGAGGCAACUUGGCUCACCGCUUCGAACGCCAAGAAGAACCGCGUCGGCUCGGAGCUAAAGUCGCUCGUGAAGGCGCCUCCUGGCUACGCUAUCGUCGGCGCGGAUGUUGACUCCGAGGAGUUGUGGAUCUCCAGUGUCAUGGGCGACUCCCAGUUCGGAAUGCACGGCGCAACAGCGAUCGGCUGGAUGACGCUGGAGGGUACGAAGAGUGCCGGGACGGACCUGCACUCCAAGACCGCAAGCAUCCUGAACAUCUCCCGUGAUGCUGCCAAGGUCUUCAACUACAGCCGCAUCUACGGUGCCGGCAAGCCACAUGCGAUCCAGCUGCUGCUACAGGGCGACGGCAAGCUCACCAAGGAAGCCGCCGAUGAGCUCGCAACAAACCUGUACAAGCAGACGAAGGGCGCGAAGACGUUCCGGAGCAAGGGCCGAGGCCCGGCUGCGAGCCAGUACCUCUGGCACGGCGGCAGCGAGUCAUAUCUGUUCAACACGCUGGAAGCGAUCGCGCUUAUGGACCGCCCGACGACUCCAGCGCUCGGAUGCGGUGUAACACGGGCGCUCCGCAAGUCCUUCCUCGACGCGGGGCACUCGUAUCUGCCCUCGCGCAUCAACUGGGUCGUGCAAAGCUCGGGUGUCGACUACCUGCACCUCCUGAUCACGUCGAUGGAGUACCUCACGAAGAAGUACGACAUCAAGGCGCGCUACCUCAUCAGCGUGCACGACGAGGUGCGCUAUCUUGCGGCCGAGGAAGACAAGCUGCGCACGGCGCUCGCGCUCCAGAUCGCGAAUGCGUGGACGCGUGCGCUGUUCUGCUACAACCUCGGCCUCGACGACAUGCCGCAGGGCAUUGCCUUCUUCUCCGCCGUGGACAUUGACCACAUCCUGCGCAAGGAGACGGACAUGCCGUGCGUGACCCCGAGCAGCGCCGAGGCCAUCCCGCCUGGCGAGAGCCUCGACAUCAAGCAGCUGCUCGACACGGGCGUCACGCUCGGCAAGAGCCGGUUCGGGCCCCUGCCCCGUGUCGAGGACGAGGGACCUCCAGUCGCCAUCUUCAAGGACAUCCGCUCUGUCGACCACCAGCGCUUCCUCGAGGCGCAGGCGAGCAGCCACAGCCGCGCGGCACGGUUCUGGCUCGACUCGCAGCCACGCACGGACGGCUUGGAGGAUUCCCCGGAGUCUGCCACGCCGGCGCCCCGCCGCAAGCGCAAGUCCACCAAGAUGACGACACCUAAGAAAUUUGCCGUCUCGGACGCGGACCUCGACAGCGCGUACCAGCAGUAUCUUGCUAGCAAGUGA